CGUAGCUACGCCGAUUUCCAGAUCUCGGACGGUGUGGCCGGCGAUGCUGAGGCGGAGGCGAACGCUGUCUUCGUCGACCCCUUCGACGGUGUUGACCUUGCCACGGACAACAUCCAGACCAUGCGCGAGGCUGCUGAGGACGCCGAGACUGAGAAGUUCAACUCUGCGAUCGAGGCCGCUUCGGGCGAUGCUGCGGAUGCUCUCCAGGUCGGCAAGAUCAAGAACAAGGUCCUCAAGCUCACCGGUGAGGUCCAGGCUUUGAAGAUCAAGAUCGCGCAGGCCGGCGGCGACUCCGCCGACCUCGAGAGCAAGCUCGCCGAGGAGCAGAAGAAGCUCGACACGAACAUCGCGACGGAUAAGAAGUCGGCAGGUGCUACUUCGCAAUCAGUGGUUUAG